UGUCUGGAAACCAUAUCUAUACUAAUUAAAAAUGGCUGCUCUCUCAGAAGACAAAGAUGAAGAGCUAACCAAAGAUCUAGAAUCAAUAAACAUAAUCUUGCACGGAGGAAAUUCAGCCGAGCUACUGUCUACUGUUGAGAAGGCUGAUGAUCAAAGCACUGAGAAACUGAAACAGUGUCUACAGAAAAACUAUGAAGCCCAGGCGGGACUACAGAAGCAGCUGGACAAACUGGAGGUUGCUAUAGCAUCCAACAAGCAGAAACUGGACACUGUCACUGCCCCAAGACGUACAUGUAGGAAGUUGUUGCAGAAGUUGUCAAUGGCGACCUUUAGGAGGGGCAAGUACUUCAGGGACCAUCUCGGCUUUUCCCCGCCCAUUUGCCACGAGGGUGCCGGGAGCUAUGCUGAAAUGGACAGAAUACAUACCGAGUCACCUUGGACCCGUCAAUCUGAGACUCGAUUGGUGGAGGGUGUACGGUUCCAGCUGAUAGAGGGACGCACUCGACCACUCCUGAGGCAACUGGAGACUCAUGAUGUGAGUGAGGAUGACCCGAGUGAGGCGAGGCUGAAGGAAUUAGUACUCGCUAAAGUAGAGGCAGUCAAGGCACUGAGUGAUGAAGAGCUGUACAGUGACAAUACUGUGGAGGAGGUCAACUGGAGUUCCCUCUCCUACGAAAUGUUCGGGCACAAACGUUCAGGGAAUGAUUGCCGCAUCCAUUGGACCAAUCACAGUUGUCCGUCAAUCAACAAGAAGGUGUGGUCACCUCAAGAGAACAAAAAUCUCAGCAAAAUUGCUCGUAAACACCAAGAGAGAGAUUGGGCCGAGAUAGCCCGGGAACUAGGCACUGGUCGCACAGCGUUUGCUUGUCUGGGGCAGUACCAGACUGUUCAAAAUCUUGGGAAGGGUGGUGGGCGAUGGAGUAAAGACGAGGACAAGAAAAUCAAGAGUGCAGUAAAACUGUACGGACAAAACUGGGUCAAAGUGGCUCAUUAUGUUGGUGGCGGCCGCUCAUCUAAUAACUGCUAUUACCGCUGGACCAUGUCCCUCUGCCCUGACAUCAAGAAAGGAAAGUGGUCAAAAGCAGAAGAUGUGAAACUAAUUGAAGGCGUGGGUGUUUACGGGAAGAAGGCGUGGUCGAAAGUGUGUCAGUUUGUGCCCGGGCGUUCCCAAAGCCAGUGUCGUGAGCGCUACCUGAACGUGUUGAACUCUGACCUCAAGAAGGGUCCGUUCAGUAAGGACGAGGAUCGAGUAUUGCUGGAGGCGUGUCAGCCGUACGAAGGAAGCAACGCGUGUAUUCCGUGGUCUAAGAUAGCCAAGAGUUCUCUCCCACAGCGAACGGACGCCAUGUGCAGUAUGCGUUGGAAACAGCUGAAAUCAGACGACGAAGUGUUUCAACAAUUCACCAAUCAGGCUCUCAAACGAUACUCUCACCUGAUCAAGAACGUGACCACCCUCCCUGAUACUACUGAUCUCCCUGAGGUUGUGAAAGAGAAAGUCAAGAAGUUUAAAUAUCGCUACACUACACGAGACAAACGUAAAUCCUCCAUCAUCAAUUCCGACUCUUAUCCAAGUCCUGACAGGAUUAUCUCCUGGGACAAUUCUGAUCUCCAGGUUCCACCGUCGUAUAAUUUUCGACGAUAUUCGGCCGCUCUUAAGAACGGAUCAUCAACAAUGUUUAGCUCUCAACCGCUACACAAUUCUCGUAACGAGGAAGGACAAUCGUCGACCAGUUGUCCAACCAACGACCAAGCGAUAGAUGGAACUGUACAGAAUAUUCUCUCUAAUCUAAGAGGGGGCACAACGUCGGCUAAUGUUGGUGCCCCCCUGAACGGAGGGGAACAAUCGGGAUCGCAAUCUACUCCUGAAUCAAUAAUUGAUCUCACUCAAGAUGAUGAUGAUGAUAAUACAAGCUCUAAUGUUACAGCCGGGAACCACACUGUUGCUAUGGGAACGACCAACGCCAUGGAUACGAAUGUUGUAGUCAACAUUGUUAAGCCUCAGCAUGGUCCAGCAUCUGGUGACCAUGCCCCCUUGACCUCUGACCCCGUCCUCAAGCCACUACCGAGAUCCUUUCAUAUACCCCCAGCUGAAGUGGCCACUCGGACAGAAACUAGAUCCAUUCCUCAUAAUGUGGAAUCACACGUGAACACUGAACAAUAUACCAGAAACUCUGAUACGACACCAUUGAUGAUAAAUGAUACCGUGUCAUGUGACUUGCCCAAUGGGUCUAAUCCAAGAACCCCUACAGACAUUGGCACUCGGGAUGGGAACGGAAAGAUUGCAUGUUUACCAAGUAUUGGGGGGACGAAAUCAGAUUCUACGAACACUAUAAAAGGAGAAGAGAAUUUCCCUGUGGGACUACGUUUCGUAUUGCGUCCAAUCAUUUCAGAAUCACACGAAACAACAGCUGCUGGCAAUACUGAAUCUGGAUCCGUUCCUAAUAAUGUGGAAUCAAACAGGAACACGACACCGUUGGAUACCGUGUCACGUGACUUGCAUAAUGCCCACACCCCCAGAAGAAAAGGGAAUUUCCCUGUGGGACCAUGUUUUGUAUUGCGUCCGCUAAUUUCAGAAUCACACGAAACAACAGCUGCUAGAAAUACUGAAUCUGGAUCCGUACCUAAUAAUGUUGAAUCGAACAGGAACACGGCACCGUUGGAUACCGUGUCACGUGACUUGCAUAAUGCCCACAUCCCCAGAAGAGAAGGGAAUUUCCCUGUGGGACCACGUUUUGUAUUGCGUCCGCUAAUUUCAGAGCAAUCACUCGAAACAACAGCUGCUAGCAAUGCUGGGGACGGUGGAACUGAAGAAUCAAAUAAUAGUUUGGACGACGACGAGUUACCAGAUCAAAAGAAACUAAAUGCUGUAACCAUGGUUACUACUACGAGUUCUUCUAUUUUCAGCGUGAAUGAACCAUUGGCUGAUACUAAUAUAUUGCCUAGUGGUACAACAGAUUCUAUUGUAUCCAACAUUCCUGUUAUUUCCAACUCUGCUGGUAGGGGGAACAGUACGGAAAUUAAACGAGUUUUGGCAGCUGAAUUUCUUCGAUUCACUCCGAGAACGGAAACAGACGAGAGAUUGGAAUUGGAAAAAUUCGUCUUUGAAAUGGCCGGAUUUGAUCUCCCCGUUCAAAUAGCAACUGAGAAAGACGUUUUAAUGGAAGCUGAUGCUCACAUGAUUGUGUACGAGCCUAACCACAUAUGCUAUAGUAAAUUCCCGCGUCCUUAUCGCCGGAGAAAUACUGGACCGAUUAUCACUCCUCUGAAUAACGAUGACCUCAUCUCACGUCAUUUUGCACUGUCUCAGGUUCCCAUACCUCCCGUGAAGAAAAGUGCAAACAUCAUCAAUUCAGCUAUCGUGGGUGACUACCAUUACCGGCUACAAGUCUACGCUACCUAUGACAUACUUAUCCACGAUACUUAUUGUCCAACACAGAAAUAUCAAACACCUGAAAAACCACAGAAACGGCCAACAGCUACUGGUCAAAGUACUACUGGUGGUGAUCGAAAACGAAAAAAUGCCGAGAAACCAAAAAGUCCACAAUCCAAGAGAGCAAAACGAACGUACGUACGAAAGAAAGGUGUGGCCUCUAAAACAGUAGAAGAAGUUGCCCAAAGCAUUGACAGUUCGAUGGUCGACACUGCUACAAGAGCGCCAGCUAAGAGUCGACAAAGGACACGCAAACUGGCUCCCAAAAGAGGUGCUUCAAAGACUGCUACAGAAUGUGGACUUAUUGACCCACCCUCUAUUGAGCAAUUUUCAAAUGCUCUGUUCAGAAAAACUGUUCAGAAGAAGCCUGUUCUGAAAAAGCUCUCAUUCAGAAAACGCAAGCGUCCUCCUGAUAAUUCAAACACGAGUGAACAAAGUGCUGCUCAUCCAUCCACUAGCAAAGCAAUGGAUUUCACCACCAUACCCUCCGAUGCUGGAACCACACCCUCUGAUAUUGAACGUAAGGAACACUCUAACAGAAAGCAAAAGCCUUCUGAAUCAGUGGAAGAUGGUAAUGAGACGGCCACCAUUGACGUUGGUGUGUCUCCAUCAGAAACUGUCAAAAGGAGAAAAACUGUGAAAUUUUUUUAGCUCGGCGCUUCCAUGGCGGAGAAAGACGCUAGUAUUAAAUGACGAUAAAUGACGAUUUUGUUGUUGAUUGAUUAUUUACCUUUUUUUUUUUUUUCUAUAGUAUAGGUACAUAUACGUUGUGCAUUUGCAUGGUUGGUGCUUUGAAAAAAUCAGUGAUAUUCAUUACA